GUUUUUUUUUUAACUGAUUUGGUUAUUUGCCAUCUCUGGGGAUUAAAUUAAAAAAAAAUGUUCUUCUUUUCUGUAUCUGAUGUUCUGUGUGCUAUUAGUGAUGCAGCCAACAUGAUCGGUUGUCAUGUGUAAAACAACUUUCGAUCACCGUGAAAACACCGCCCUGGGAAAACGUCCAUGCUUGAUAUCGUUUGGUUCAUGAACAUUAAGUUUCCAGUACAGGUAAAAUCCCAGAUGAAGCCAAAGCCCUUUCUCUAUUGGCGCCUGCUCCUGCUAUGACAAGCCUGAUGCCUGGUGCAGGGUUGCUUCCUAUACCUACACCAACCCCUUUGACUACACUCAGUGUUACACUUGGCAAUUUUGGGGCUAUACCAGCAGCAGCAUUGGACCCUAACAUUGCAGCACUGGGAGAAAUACCACAGCCACCGAUUAUGGGGAAUGUGGACCCAUCCAAAAUUGAUGAAAUUAGAAGAACAGUCUACGUUGGAAACUUGAAUUCACAGACUACAACAGCAGAUCAGCUGCUUGAAUUCUUUAAGCAAGUUGGAGAAGUCAAAUUUGUGCGAAUGGCAGGUGAUGAGACACAACCAACACGAUUUGCUUUUGUGGAAUUUGCAGACCAAAAUUCUGUACCACGAGCUCUUGCCUUUAAUGGAGUUAUGUUUGGAGACAGGCCGCUGAAAAUAAAUCACUCCAAUAAUGCAAUAGUGAAGCCUCCUGAAAUGACACCACAAGCUGCUGCCAAGGAACUGGAAGAAGUGAUGAAGAGAGUAAGGGAAGCCCAGUCUUUCAUAUCUGCUGCUAUUGAGCCGGAGUCUGGAAAGAGCAGUGAAAGAAAAGGUGGUCGAUCUCGUUCCCAUUCUCGUUCAGAAUCCAGGUCUAGCUCAAAAUCACGAUCUAGAAGGAAAAGAUCACACUCAAAACACAGAAGUAGAUCUGGCAACAGAUCGCUCUCAAGACACAAGGACAGACUUAGAUCCAGAAGCCCCCUGAAAAAAAGGUCUACAUCUAGGGAAAGGUGGAAAUCAAGAAGUCAUUCUCAGGACAAGCGAAGAGACAAAGAAAAGGUCAAGGGAAAAGAAAAAGCCAAAGAAAAGGAGAAAGAGAGAGACCGAGACAAAGAGAAGGAGAGAAACCAGGACAAAGAAUGGGAAAGAGAGAGAAAUAAAGAGAGAAACAGGGAUAAGGACAAGGAGAAGGACCGGGAGAGAGAGAAGGAACAAAACAAAGACCAAGAGAGAGUCAGAGACAAGGAUAGGGAUAGAGACAGGGAUAAGGACAGGGAAAAGGACAAAGAUAAGAAGGAAAAAGACAGGGAAGAGGUAGACCACAACAAGGAAAAAAAUGAUGUUGAUGAAGAGGGGGAGAAGGACAGAGAGAAGAUUAAGGACAAGGAGGGAGACAAGGAAAGAGGGGACAAAGAUAAUGGCAGAGAUAAAGAAAAGGAAAAAGAUGAGGAUACAGAGAAGAAGGAACAUAAAAGAGAAAAAGAGAGAGAUGAUAAAAAGAAGAGAGAUAAGAGAUCCAGAACACCCCCAAGAAGCUACAGCUCUUCAAGAAGAUCUCGUAGCUCCAGCAGGUUUGUUUAG